AGCUGGAAACCACUAGUUACCGGAAAACGAUCAAACUAUACAUAAAAAAAAAGUUCUAUCUUGGUUGUAACAUACACUAAUUUGGGCUGAAAAUGGAGGACGGAUUUAAGCUGCAGCAGAGGCACGGGAAGGCCAGGGUGAGAGUUGGCCGGGUAUGGAGAGACGGAGACGGUACGCAUCACUUUUCCGAAUGGAACGUCAGCAUAAGCCUCCUCUCCGAUUGCCUCCCCGCCUACGUCGCAGGCGACAACUCAGACAUCGUCGCCACCGAUACCAUGAAGAACACCGUAUAUGCUAAGGCCAAGGAAUGUUCCCAGCGACUCCCAGUGGAGGAAUUUGCUAUUGAACUUGCCAAGCACUUCACUUCAUAUUAUAAGCAGGUCACUGCUGCAAUCAUCAGGAUAGUAGAAAAGCCAUGGGAGCGUGUUAACAUAAAUGGUCGGCCACAUGCACAUGGUUUUAAGCUUGGGUCUGAAAAGCAUACUACUGAAGUCUUCCUGGAGAAAUCAGGCGUGUUGCAGGUUACCUCUGGUAUUGAGGGAUUGGCAGUGCUGAAGACAACAAAGUCAGGUUUUGAAGGGUUCAUAAGGGACAAGUACACUAUGUUGCCUGAAACACAGGAGAGGAUGCUGGCAACAGAGAUCACAGCAUUAUGGAGGUAUUCCUUCAAAUCUCUCUCAAGUGUUCCUAUGAAGAACCAUUAUUUCGCAGAGAUGUAUAUGGAUGUGAAAAAGGUUCUGCUGCAUACUUUCUUUGGCUGUCCUAAAGAAGGUGUAUACAGUCCAUCUGUCCAAAGUACACUCUAUGACAUGGCAAAGGCGGCUCUUGGCAGGUUUCCUGACUUAGUAUCAAUCCAAUUAAAGAUGCCAAAUCUUCAUUUUCUACCUGUGAACCUGUCAGGCAAAGACAAUCCUGCCAUUGUCAAGUUUGGUGACGAUGUGUAUUUACCAACGGAUGAACCACAUGGGUCAAUUGAGGCAACUCUGAGCCGCGUCCAGUCGAAGAUUUGAAUAGGUUAUAAUCAAAGGUGGCUGCAAGAGUCUGCUAAUUUACUUUAUAAUUAUAAUACCCUUCCGUGUCCUCUGAAACAAUUGCAAGCUGAAAUCUGUGUUGACUUGUUUAUGACAUGAUGCACUUGUUAAUAUGGUGAAUAAAGCUGCUGUAAUUUGUAGGGUUUUUUUCCCCCCAUAAUAUGGAAGUUGCACUAGUGUUCAGAUU